AGAUACUAAACUAAGUUGUGAUGGCGUCCAGCAGGUGCAGUUUCAUUGUCUGAAAUUAUAUUGUUUGCGUUUUGCAUUGAAAUAAUGGAGGAAAUUCCCAUCAACAAACAACAAGAAAGGAGUGACAUAAUUUCAAAUUGUGAAGAUCCAUCAAGUGUAGAGGAAAAAAAGCAGAUGGCAGUGUCAGGAAAUUCCAUAAAUAUACCUCAAGAAGGGGACAGAGCUUUCAGGGCAAUUUCAGAGGGUAAGCUAGGAGAGCAGGAAUCACAAGGAAUCUUUGAGAACAAGGCUGCCUCUCUGAUGAGCACUGGGUUAAGUCAGCUAGGAAGUUACUCUUCAGGAAGUGACUCUGAAGAUAACUCCCAGCCACCUGGUGAGGUUUGUCAAACAACAAGUGAGAUGUCUGAUGAGAAGAAUUCACAAUCAGAGACCGUUCCCAAAAGUUCAGUUAAUAUAGGAAAAACAACAGAGCAAAAGGAACAGGAUAAGGAGAAAAACUCUAACAUUUCUGAAAAGGCUAUGGAAUGUACAGAAAAGGUCAAGGAAAGUUCAGUGCAACCUAAAACACACGAAAGAGAUGUCCAAAAAGCAGAGGAUGGCAAAGGUGAAAUAUUAUUUGGUUCUAAUCAAGACAAAACAUCAGAGGAUUUACAGAGUGUGACGUCCUCAGAGAACAGUGACCAAAAGAGUGUAAGUCAUAAUGUUGAAUCUGAAGAAAGUGAUGUGUCUGAAAAAAUAGGAUUGCCAUCAGAGAGAAGCCACAGGUCUGAAUCAACAGGAUUUGAAGUAGAGGAGGCAGUGGAUACUGGGUUAAGAAAGCCGUCUAGAGUGGAGGUGAUUGAUGAGGAAUCUAAUUCAAGCUUUAUCAAACUGGACAGUAAAAUGAAGGACUCUCCAUUAGAAAGUGACAUUCCACCCUCACCUUAUGGAGUUUCAGAAAUCUCAGAGACCCCUGGACCACCAUCACCCACCUCUAUUAUAAGUAAUGGUGACAGUGUUUCCUUGCAAGCGUUUGAUAACUUUGGACCCCCAACUCCAUCAUCUGUGGCAGAGAGCUCUUCAAUGGGACCCACUCCAUCAAAACGGUCCAGAUUGGCCGUAUACACACCAAGUCAAGAACACAUUACAGCAAAUAAGUUGUUUGAGUACCAGUGGCCCACAGACAGUUCAGGGGAACAUGGAGAGUACUACAUGCUACAGGAACAAGUGUGCGAGUAUCUGGGGGUCAAGUCAUUUAAACGCAAGUACCCAGAUUUGUUUCGGAGACAAGUGGACAUUAAGGAGAGGGUUUUUCUGAUGGAGAAGGGUGUGGUCACAGAGGGCCAGGCUGAUCUAGGGUUGACGGCACUUAAGAGUGACGAAGUGUGCGAUCUAAUGCACAGGGAUUAUCCCUCUAUGUACCAGGAAUAUGCAGAGGUCCUGCAUGAACGUCAGAAACAGAAAAUCAGUGAAAAGCACAAGGAAUAUGAAGUGCCGAAAUUGGAAAAGAGUAAGAUGAGUAUGUAUAUCAAAAAAGCAAUGAAAUCGGCAGCGGAGUGGAAUUCUAAUUUCCAGAAGGAGAGGCGAGAAGAAAGGAGAGCUUACCUUGACCUACAAACAUUUAACAUUCACUACCCUAAGGGCCGUUAUAAGGUGCUCCCCAAAGAGCUGACCAAACCCAAUACCUAUCCCAUCUCAUUAAUACCGGGACAAUUCCAGGACUACUUCAAGAGGUACUCCCCUGAUGAGAUCAAGUAUUUACCUAUGAACACCACCAUGUUUAAUCCCCCCAAACAAAUGGGGACCACCUUAGCAAACCCCCAAGAGCAGGCAGAACCAGAAACUGCAUCAGAAGAGGACGAAAAUGGGUCAGGGUCAGAUUCGGAUUCUGAUGAUAGCAGUAGUGGUUCUGAGGGGACGAGUGGAGGGGAAGAUGGAGAGAAAAAGACAGGUGAAACAAAGGAAGCAGCCCCAGUUGAUCCCAGCAUCUGUUCCAUUUGUCACCAGAGUCAAAAUGGAGAGGUCAAAAGUGAAUCUGAUCUUGUUGUCUGCUCUGAAUGCAGCAAGGGAGGACACCCCGCCUGUUUAGAUCUGACCAAUGAGAUGGUGGUGGUUAUUAGGACGUACCCCUGGCAGUGUAUGGACUGUAAGACCUGUGUGGAGUGUAUGGAUCCGUAUGAUGAGGACAAGAUGAUGUUCUGUGACCUCUGUGACCGGGGGUACCACACCUUCUGUGUGGGACUAAAGUCCAUCCCCACGGGCCACUGGAAGUGUAAGAGUUGUAAAGGACCAGAGACCCCUAAACCCUCCAGGACCAGCAAGACCCCCAAGUCCUCCUCAAAAGGCACUGGAAGAAAACGAGGAAGACCUCCUCUUAAAGGGAAAGACAAGAAAAAGUCCAAGAAGAAGUCAGAACCAAAGGAGGAAGUAGAAGUGCCUGAGGAGCACACAGAAACAAAGGAGGAGGAGGAGGGAGAGGAAGAAAAGGAGGAAAAGGAGGGGGAGGAAGAGGCUGAGGACAUGGAGACAGAGGAGUCUCAGGAGUAGAGGGGGCAGGGAGGGAGGGAGGGACAUUUAUCUGGAGUAGAAGGGACAGUCAAGGAGUAUCAGGAGUAGAGGGGACAGUCAGGGAGGAAGGACAAUUAGGAAGGGUACAGAUGUGGACAUUGUAAAUAGUAAGAUAGUAAAACCGGAGACAGUAGAACUUUUCUCAAGUGUGAUCUGGGUUUGAUGAUACAGAAUUCAUAAAAGUGGGAUGUGAUUUCGGAAUGAACGAGAACUGUUGUAAUGUCCCAGAUAUAUUACAUGUAAUUCCCUCAAAUAUUGGAAAUUGAUAUUGUGAAUUAUGUUCAAGGUGCAACACUGUAAAAGUGCUGAGUGAAAAAGUGACUGAAGUAAAUUAUGAUUGACCAGUCUGUG